GGAAUUCUCUAUAUUAUCAUUAACGGAAUUCUCUAAAAAAACGUAGAAGAAUCUAAACUCUUGUUGGGAAAAACAAAAUUAACGUAAUGUUAGAUGUGAGUAGGAAAAAAAUAUUGGUGUUAGCAUUUAUUUCCAUUUAUUUCUUGUCGACCGUAGCUGCGAAUGGUUCAUUUCCUGCGCUUUUGGCUUUUGGAGAUUCAAUACUUGAUACCGGUAACAACAAUUUUCUCCUGACGUUUAUGAAAGGAAAUAUCUGGCCAUAUGGGAGAAGCUACACUAUGAAACUGCCGACGGGAAGAUUCGGAAAUGGAAGAGUUUUCUCCGAUGUAAUUGCCGAGGGUUUGGGAAUUAAAAAAACUUUGCCAGCUGCUCGUAAGGUUUUCAUUGCUCCAAGCGACCUUAAAACUGGUGUUUGUUUCGCAUCAGGUGGUGCAGGAGUCGACCCUGUUACAUCUAGACUAAUGAGAGUUUUAAAGCCGGGCGACCAAAUAAGUGAUUACAAAAAGUACAUAAUGAAGCUAAAGGUCGUAGCUCCUACACAAGCAAGUUCGAUCAUUGCAAACGCAGUGUAUCUUGUUUCUCAAGGAAAUAAUGAUAUCGGAAUCUCGUUUUUCAUGACUCGAUCUGCACUCAUGCGAGGAAUUGUGACUCGUGGUAUGUACACCACUAAACUAACUGGCUGGAACAAAAAUUUUAUGAAACAAAUAUAUGAUCAAGGAGCCAGAAAAUUUGCAGUGAUGGGAGUGAUACCGUUGGGAUGUUUGCCUAUGACAAGAAUCGUCGGUAGAUGUAACUUAUUCGCAAAUAUAUUAGCUGAAGAUUACAACGGAAAAUUGAGGAAUGGUGUUAAAACUUGGCCAAACGAAGCCGGUUUUCGUGGUUCAAAGUUUGUCUAUGUCGACAUGUUCAACACUCUUAUGGAUGUCAUAAAAAAUUAUAGAAAAUACGGAUUUAGUAAUGCGAACAAUGGGUGUUGUUGUAUGCCUACAGCGAUAAUACCUUGCCCAAAUCCUCAUAAUCACGUCUUCUAUGACUUUGUUCAUCCUUCGGAGAAAGCCUACAAAACCAUUUCCAAAAAGCUGGUCCAGGAUAUCAAGAAAGGCCUUGCCUAAUUUUAGUCUUACGAUCAUAUAUUGUUGUAAUCUUAAUCACCAACUGCGUACCAAAAUAAAUAAUAAUAAACAACCAAAAUCGUUAAUCCCUUAUAUAAUAAUUGAGAAGCAAUGUAAUAUUUUUUGUAGCCACGAUAACAAUCAAUACGAUGAUUUUUAGAAUACUUAGAAAAUAGGUUGGUGCAUCUAAACAUAUAUUUUAUAUAUUAAACUUUUUAUUAAACUAAUUAUUAAAAUUUUUAGUAACUAGUUUAAGACUUAUGCCUUACGAGGGAUGAAUAUUUUAUAUACAAAUUAUUUUACGAUUUAUUAUUUGUUUAACGUUUUACAUAUUAUAAAAUAAAUUAUAUUGAAUAAUCUAGAAACUAUUUAAAUGUUACAUAUAUAAUUAAAUUUACACAACCACAUAAAUAAAAAAAUCACUUUAGUUUGGUAAAUAAAUUUAAACAAUAAUUUUCUUUAUUUUGCAUGGUAUGUAAUUAAAUUUAAAUAAUAUUAACAUAGUUAUAUAUUAUAUUUUUAAUAUUACUAUCUAUAAAAUAAAACUUCAUAAUCAUAUAUUUUAUGAUCAUUUCCAAUUUAGACAGAAAUUUAAACCAUUAAUAACAAAACUUUUUGUGUGCAAUUUUCAAUAUUUUUAAUAAUUUAUAAUAUUUCUUGAAAUUUCAAUGCAAAAAUUCGAAAUUAAAACAUUAAGUUCUUAAUACUUGUUCAAUGCAAAUUUUUAAAUUAAAAUAUUUAUGUUUUUAUAUGGUAUAUAGUUUUUUUUUCCAUCUGAUAAUAUUUCAUUCAACGAAAGAAUACAACAUUGGAUACAUCAACCGGCGGAUAACAGGACAUCCCCAAACACAAGAGCCCAAGAAAAGGCGACUAAAACCCACAUCGGGGUAGCUUACGAACAUACCAAGCAGGACAAGAAACUAUAAACCACAAAUAAGACACAUAAACUUAGACCGAUCUACUCAAGAACAUAAAACAAUUCAUAGAACAUAAGACAAUUCAUUGCAGCAUCCUCCUAAAUAGCAGAAGACAUUAAUCUGAAUAUAUUGUUGCUGCCCUCGGCCCACCAAACGAUACCAUCAACUUAUAGAACACCAAGACACCAUGUCUUCUCAACUCGGAUUUAUCGUUGCCGCCUAUGGCCUGCCGGCAUCCACACACGAAAACAAAAACCAAGACUUCACAACCCGACAAGCAGGAUCGCUUCACGAUCAACACAUCUUUCGGAUACGGCAUGAACAUACUCUCUCACGCACACUUUGCACCUAGAUAGAAGCCCACCAUAAACCUCCACACAACUAAGCCUCGUCAAUCAAAUCACCUUACGGAUACAAGCAUUAUCAAAACAGACCGACGAGAGAUCACUGCAGCAACCACACCAAGAAAAGAAAACUGCAACAGAACUGUCAAACUCCAACCAACGAGACUGAGACGCGCUCCAACUAACAGAUCACUAAACACUAACAUCCGAUAAACAUACAUAAGAAAAAAAGAAAACACCAGAACCAAGUUCUGGUACCAACACCGAGACCAUCCUUAAAGACCAAAACCAGAAAAUUAUGACUGCAUCAAUUGGGAACAAGGCUUGAAAAGGACCAUGCUCCACUGUUUCAAAAAGCCGUACCUCAUCAAAGACAGAGGAAUGACCCUUUUUCAUGUUUCACAUUCACAUGCCUACACCAAGGGUAGGCUACAGAUCUACACCAUCAGAACAUCACAGAAUAAACAGAGGAGCUUCGUUUUCACACCACCCAUCGAAGCAGUCAAAGGCUGACCCUUCAACGCCGACUCCGCCUGAAGAAACAGCCCACACCACCGUACCUUGACUCCAGGUGAAGCUGGUAACCGCCGGAAUCGUCGCUCCACACAAGCGGAUGAUUAACCGGAGAUACACGCCAUGCCAGAGCCGAAAGCAAGACGACAGAAUAGCUGAGACCAAAGAGAAGCAAAGACA